CUGUUUACCAUCAUCAUACCUACCAAAAAAAAGUCAGUUGUAUUGUUUUGCCAUGCUUUAGUAACAGGAUAUUGUUUCCAGGAGGAAGUCAUUGUGUAAGACUGUGUGUGUGUGUGUGUGUGUGUGUGUGUGUGUGUGUGUGCUUUAUUCUUCGUCUAUUUAAUUCUCCGCUCAGAAUUUGUGAAAUUGGAACCACAGCCUGAGUGCACCGCCUCUAUCAGGAAGUGUGCUCACUUUUCUAAACUCUCAUCCGCUCCUCGCUCACCAUCUCUUCAUCUUCAGGUUCUUCUUUAUGGCGUCCUCUCUCGAAGACGAUCUCUCGUGCCCCGUGUGUUGUGAGCUCUAUCGGGACCCUCAGCUCCUCUCCUGUGGACACACUUUUUGUCGCCAAUGCCUCAAAAAACACUGGGCGGUAACCAGCACACGGGCAUGUUCCGUGUGCCGCAGGGUGUGUGUGCAGGAACCCGUGACCAACCUGGCCCUGAGGAACACCACCGAGUCCUAUCAGAGGGAGAAGGAACGGGAGAGGAAGGAGCGAGAGAGCGGCAGUGAAGUCAGAUGUUCUCAACAUAGAGAGAAAGUGGAGUACUACUGUAAAAGUGAUGAUGAAGUCAUAUGCUCCAAGUGCAGGAAGGAAGGACACAGAACGCACAGAGUUCAGCUUCUUGCACAUGCUGUACGACAACACAAGGACCGAAUAAAAGCUGCAAUCCGUCCAGUUGAAAAAGCCAUGCAGUCUCUAAAGAACGGCUCUUGUCAAAAAGCUCAAGUUGUCAAGUACAUUCAGGCUCAGGCCGAGCAGGCAGAAAGGCAGAUAAAAGCAGAAUUCAACAAAUUUCACCAUUUCCUCCAAAAGGAGGAGGCGGCCAGAAUGAAAGCACUGAAGAUAGAAGUGGAGAGAAAGAAAGGAAAGGUGAAGGAAAAGAUAGAACGAGAGAUAUUGCUUCUUUCUGACAGAGUGAAGGAGGUGGAGGAAGAAAUGGAGAAUGAAGAUGCUACAUUCAUGAAGAAUUAUGAGUUCAUACUUCAGAGAGCUCAAUACACGGUAAUGGAUUCAGAAUUACAUUCAGAGAAUCUUAUCAACAUGGCUGAACAUGUGGGAAAUCUGGGAUACAAAGUGUGGGAGAAGAUGAUGGACAUUUUCCUUUACUAUCCAGUUCUUCUGAAUCUGAACAGUGCCCCUGAGGACUUUUCCAUAUCAGAUGACCUGGCAAGUGUAAAAAGGUCACGUGACAUGCGACUGAACCCUAUUCCAUUUCAUGGGAACCACUUGGUGCUGGGAUCUGAGGGAUACGGUGACGGCUUUCAUUGCUGGAACGUCGAGGUGGGAGACAGUAAGCACUGGACUCUCGGCAUGUGCCAGCACAGAGGAGAUAAUAACGUGGUCCGACAGUUGACUCCUGAAAUGGGCUUCUGGGGUCUGAGUAGAAAGGGGGAGUCCUACAUGCUCCUGACCUCCUUCAAAUACUUAUUCCGGAUACACAAGAAGCCCCGAACCGUGCAGGUGCAACUGGGAAGGUGGUGUACGUUAGGUAACCCGAACAUGAGUCGGAUGGUCAGAUUUGUGGACGUCAGCGAUGGAGCUGUGAUUGCGUUUUAUACUGGACUUCCAAAUGGCGUGCAGUUGUUUCCAUUCCUGAUCCCGGAAGAUCGUUACUCCUACCUGCGCAUUGCUCCUGCUUCUCCAUCCCUGAUCAUACAGCACAUGGUUGUAGAGACACAACAAAGUCCAAUCCCUGUUUACCUUAUAUAUGCACUUAUAGUUUGUUUGUUCAUUUGGAUGUUAUUAGUUGAAAUUAAUAAGGUUAGUGACUGAGUUAGAAGCUGAAAGUGAGAAACAUCCACCAUGUGCAGACUCGUAAGCAAUCACACCGAGUGUGACAUGCACCACAUGCGGUGUUUACUAUAACAGGAAAAGAACAAAAUCAUUCACACACACACACACACACACACACACACACACACACACACACACACACACACACACACACACACAGUAUUCCUAUUACUCACACAGUUAGAUUAAUAAAUACACUGUAUGGCCUAUAUAAUAAAUACACUAUAAUAAGCUCCACUCUUCUGGGAGGAUGUUCCUCUAGAUUUUAGAGUAUGCCUCUGUCUUCUAAGAGAUGUUUCAUUAGUUUGGGUGAGAUUUGUGUGAGAUUCAAAGUUGACUGUCAUUUAUUUAUUUUUGAUCUGCCUGAUUUAGGUGAAAUCUAAUGUCAUGCAAAUUUAAAUUGGCAUUUUAUUCCUAUUCUAAUAGAUUUUUCAAAAACUAACGUAAAGAAAGAGUCAAUUUCCAGACAAACAAACUGCAGAUUCUGUUUUAUCUUUUAUUUAAAUGCCUUAAUCAGAUGGCUGGUAAACACAAUAACAAACAAAUCAUCUUAUUAUUGGAUACCUUUACACUGCCAGCUUUCUAAAAUGAAAGGCUGUGUUACAGAAUAGAGAAUUACACAAGCAUUAUAUUCAAUUUAUUAUCAUAUUUUAAAUAUAUAUAUAUUUAUAAAAACGUAUCAUAUUUAUUAAAAGUUAUAUACAAUGAGAAAAGCUGCUAAGGCAUUCAAUGUAAUUGAGUAAAAUGUAUUUUAUAAAGACAGUUGAGAAACAGCGCACCCUGGUGGUGAUCAAGGUUAUAAUUAAUAUAGUUAUUAGCUCAUAAACGGAACUAAAAAAUGAAUAUUAAAAUCAACUGAGUCUCUAGUAGAAUAAGAGCGUUAUUCUACAUGAUGUUCACUUAUUUAACAACAGUAACAGUGGCUUGCACAAUGUUCAGGGGACCAGAGAAUUGUGGGUAAUUUUGCAGAUGCCUACAUGGUGACUGGGGGAUCAGUGGUGGUCAUGUUUUUUGGCAGAUUAGAGGGGGUUGUGGGUAAAUGUGCAGAGGGGUACACUGUGUUUGGCAGAUCAGAGGGGGUUGUGGGUAACUCUGCAGUGGUGUCCAUCUUUUAGCAGAUCAGAGGAAGUUGUGGGUAACUGUGCAGAGGUGUCCAUGGUUUUUAGCAGAUCAGAGGAGGUUGUGUAUGACUUUGCAAUCGGGUACACUGUGUUUGGCAGAUCAGUGGGGGUUGUGGGUAGUUGUGCAGAGGGGUACACUGUGUUUGGCAGAUCAGAGGGGGUUGUGGGUAACUGUACAGUGGGGUAUAUUGUGUUUGGCAGAUCAGACGGGGUUGCGGCUAACUGUGCAGAGGGGUAAACUGUGUUUGGCAAAUCAGUGGGGUUGUGGGUAACUGUGCAGUGGGGUACAUUGUGUUUGGCAGAUCAGACGGGGUUGCGGGUAACUGUGCAGUGGAGUACACUGUGUUUGGCAGAUCUGUGGAGGUUGUGGGUAGUUGUGCAGAGGGGUACACUGUGUUUGGCAGAUCAGUGGGGGUUGUGGGUAACUGUGCAGUGGUGUACACUGCGUUUGGCAGAUCUGUGGAGGUUGUGGGUAGUUGUGCAGAGGGGUACACUGUGUUUGGCAGAUCAGUGGGGGUUGUGGGUAACUGUGCAGUGGUGUACACUGUGUUUGGCAGAUCAGUGGGGGUUGUGGGUAGUUGUGCAGAGGGGAACACUGUGUUUGGCAGAUCAGAGGGGGUUGUGGGUAACUGUGCAGUGGUGUCCAUGGUUUUUAGCAGAACAGAGGGGGUUGUGGGUAACUGUGCAGUGGGGUACACUGUGUUUGGCAGAUCAGAGGGGUUGUGGGUAACUGUGCAGUGGUGUCCAUGGUUUUUAGCAGAACAGAGGGGGUUGUGGGUAACUGUGCAGUGGGGUACACUGUGUUUGGCAGAUCAGAUGGGGUUGUGGGUAACUGUGCAGUGGUGUCCAUGGUUUUUAGCAGAACAGAGGGGGUUGUGGGUAACUGUGCAGUGGGGAACACUGUGUUUGGCAGAUCAGAGGGGGUUGUGGGUAACUGUGCAGUGGUGUCCAUGGUUUUUAGCAGAACAGAGGGGGUUGUGGGUAACUGUGCAGUGGGGUAAACUGUG